AUGGAGGUACUGCAAAACAUGCAACGAAUGGACAGGCGGAUUAUGGAGAUCAGAAAUCUGCGAAAAUUGGUGGACGAUGAGCUAGACAUUGACCUUACGGGGGAUGUGGGAAAUUACAUGAACGCGCUAGCCAAUUUACACAUUUUGGAAAAAAAAAAAAAAAAAUUCCCAAUUGGUGGUGAGCUCGGAGGAACUCAGAAGCUGCGGUCACAAGAAGGGCCGAAGGAGAUCGAGAAAUAG